AUGGAGACAACUUCACCUGAGUUCCUGAACUCUUCUUCAUACAAGGAAGUCUUCUGGAGUUACCAAACUGAGCUAACCAGAAACUUCUCUUCGGAAGCCCCAAAUGAUACUGUCUGUCUCAUAAAUGAAGGCUCCUUGUCUCUUGUUUUCAUCAUUUUUUACUCCAUUAUUUUUGUCAUUGGAUUGGUUGGCAAUAUUAUAGCCUUGUUUGCUUUUUUCUACAUUAAUCACAAAAGAAAUUCUAUCCAGAUUUACCUGCUUAACGUAGCCAUUGCAGACCUUCUACUGAUCUUCUGCCUCCCCUUCCGUAUACUAUAUCAUAUUAACAAAAACACAUGGAUGUUGGGAUUGAUUUUCUGCAAGAUUGUAGGAACCCUAUUUUAUAUGAACAUGUACAUUAGCAUCAUACUGCUGGGAUUAAUUAGCGUGGAUCGUUAUGUAAAAAUUAACAAGUCUAUACGACGUCCAAAAAUGUUAACAGCUACACGAAGCAGAUAUAUCUGUUGCAUAUUGUGGACAAUUGCAAUAAUAGGAUUCAUAAUGACAGUUGCUCAGUCUGCUAAGAGGGAAGAAUACAAUUCGACUCUGUGCUUCCAUUACAGAGAUAAACAGAAUGCAAAAAUGGAGGCAAUUUUAAACUAUAUUCUUGCUGUAAUCUUUUGGAUAGUUUUCUUUCUACUAAUACUUUCAUAUAUUAAAAUUGCGGCGAACCUUCUGAAAAUUUCCAAGAAAAGAGCAGAUUUUCCCAAUGCUGGAAAGUACAGCACCACGGCAAGAAAUUCCUUCAUUGUACUUAUUAUUUUCACCCUGUGUUUUGUACCAUUUCACACAUUCCGAUUUGUCUACAUUACAUCACAAUUACAACACACAUCUUGUAACUGGAAGGAGAUAAUUCACAAAUGCAAUGAGAUAAUGCUUUUAUUUUCAGCUUUCAACAGCUGUUUAGAUCCAGUUAUGUAUUUCCUAAUGUCCAGCAGUGUUCGUAAGACUGUAUUCCGACUUAUUUGUAGAACACUUCAUGGGGACUCAAGUGUGAGUGAUAGUAUUUCAGAAAUGAAACCUGGGCAAUCUCGUCAUGAUACUGCAACUACCAUUACCCCCCAUUCAAGCUUUUUAAAGAAAAAUUCCCUCAUCUGA